AUGUUUGGAUUAUUCGGAGAACCACCCCCAACAUUAAGUGCAGCUGAGAUAAAGAAACAAGAAGAAGAAGCAUUUAGCACAAUCCAAAGUGUUCUCAUCGGCUCAGCUGUUCUGUAUCUAUCACCAUUUGCAGUUGACGCUAUAAUUAAGUUGCUAUAA